UGGUACAACAGUCAAGCAACGCGGUUUUACAGCACUUCAUACAGCAUUUAUAAGCCAGACACAGCCCAGGUGUUUUCAUCGUGGGAGCUGCGGAAAGGAGCACGCUCGUCCAGAGAGGAAGUCACUGAGCGUUGGAAAAAGUUUUUGCCGUUUCACAAAUUAAUCGAACACAGUUUAACAAUUUAUAAUCUGCAACCCGUCCCGUGCUUCCUUUCCUUUGCGUGGUUACUCCAUGACUUGUCUCUUGAAAGCGCUCGCUGUGCAAUUGGCCUGCCCUGACUUUCCAUCAGGGUCUCCUGUUUGUGCUAGAGGACGUACACUCAUACAGAAGCUGCACAUCCAGCUGCACCGGCCCCCUUCACGCUCAACCCCUGCGCUAUGAGCAGAGGUAGAGGAGGGCCUUCCAAAGAACACUACUACAGGCAUCCACCCCCAGACCUCCAGGCCAAGGAGAACUGCUACAGACCUGGUCCAGCCUCAUUCCACCCUAGGCCUGGCCCACAGCAGAUCCCAUAUUCAAAUUACUACAACAGCCCUGGCCGACCCAUAGGUCACAUACAGCCCCCGCCUCCUUUCAGCCCCUCUGCUCCACCCAUACCAAACCACAAUAAAGUGGCCACUAAUCCAGUGCCCCAUAACAGCUCAAAUAAUCAGAAUCACGGUCCCAGUCUUGCUCCCAAUUCCUUUCAGUACCAUCAGGUAGAGUUCCUAAGAGGUCAAAGUUCUGAGGCGCCGCAGUUCAGAGCCAGUCCACGUGGAGGGGGAGGGGGAGUGGUACCCGGUAGGCCACCUGGUUCCUUAUACCAGACCCAGUCAGGCUACAGUAGAUAUCCAAACCACAACAGCAGCCCAAGGGGAAGAGGGGGUUAUAGUCAAAACCAAAGUUUUUUAUACCCACCCAGUGUAAGAACCCCGCGAGGAACUCCAGGUCCUCGACAUCAGAAUCAGAACCAGUUACAAGGUACAGAUUACAACCAAUACUCCAACAGACAAUGGUGCGACCAAACAGACUCUCUGUAUGACAGUUUUCAGAACUUGUCCCUUCAUAGAGACAGGCCCAACAGAGGGGAGGAGAGGUUUGACAGAUAUUCUGCAUCCAACAGCUCUACAAAUUCAGGCUUUUCUAAAGUUAACAUCACUCUCACUUGUGACAUCCAGGACCAGGUUUACAGGGCUUUGGCUGCUUUAAAGCCAAUUGAGAGUAUCUGUGCAAAAUUGUUGGCCAAAAAGCUGCGUCUGCCCAAAAAGAUAGUCAACCAGGCUCUCUAUUCUUUGGAACGGUCAGAGAAAGCCUCCAAGCAAGGACUCCUCCCUCCCCAGUGGACUCUUUACAGAGUACCUCUCAGAGGUGAGGAAGAUCGAGACUCUAAGGUAAAAAAUCCACCUUCCCAUCAGUGUGUUAGCUCAGAACACCCUCCAAAACCUGAGGCCAAGGUUGAGCUAAAAACAGAAACAGAAAACAGGGGACACGCCAAAGAAGAGGACUCUGACACAGAAUCCAGUUCUUCUAACUGCUCCUCUUUAGAGUUAUUUGACUCUGAAGAGUCCCUGUCAUCAGCAAAAGGUCAGCAACAGGAGAAACAACAUCCCGGCACUGCCGGCUCUAACGAUCAGGAGUUUAAGCUUCCCAUAAUGGCAGACCAGAAGGAGCUAGUUUUGCAAUACCUCCUGCAUUCAAGGGAGGCAACCGCUCUUGUUAUAGCCAAAAAUCUUGGUCUUAGGAAUGCGAAGCAGGUCAAUCCUACCCUCUACUCACUGGAGAAGCAAGGUGAAGUCAUCAAGAAUGCAGAAGUCAACCCUCCAACAUGGGAGCUCUCCACCCACCGCAGAGAGAGGAUGGAGAGGAGCCUUAAAGCCGCACAGAGCUGCCCAACUGAGAGGGAUCAGAUACAUGUAGAACCCAGGAGAGAUGAGAUGGGAGGAGGGUCCGUAUUCCUGCCAUCGUCACCACUACCACCAAUACCAGGCUUUGAUACGCUGCCACUUCCAGACGGUUGGAUGCCUGAGCAAAGUCAUAGUGAAGCGUCCCAGUCCUCGCUGAAGCCCCCCUCCAUUAUACCAUGUCAAGACGAAGAGACCAACGAGGGACAGUGGGCCACUGACGACAUCCCAGAAUUCCUAAAUGCCAUUCGCAAAGAGACAGAUGCCGGGAAACUAGCAGCAGAGAAGGCCAACGCCGUAGGAACUGUAGCCGUGUCGCUGGCUGCUCCACCUCCCCAGAACCUGUGGGCCAAGUUACAGGAGGUGAGGCUGAAGAACCCUGUCAGCGGCCUCAUGGAGUAUGCCCAGUAUCUGGGCCAGAACUGUGAGUUCCUGCUCCUCGACCAGUGGGGACCCUCUCACGACCCAAGAUUCCGUAUGCAGGUGAUGCUCAACGGGAGGCUGUUUCCUGUCGCAGAAGCUUCCAGUAAGAAGGUUGCAAAAAAGGACGCUGCUGCGGCCACCCUGCGCAUUCUCAUGGGAGAGAUGCAAGGAGGGACGAGGGAUGAGGGAAAUAAUGCCAGUAUGGACCAAGUGAUGGAUGUACUCCCAGACACCAAUGGGCCAGCUGAAGGCACGGCGGGAAUUUGUGGGACUGGUAGUGUAGAAGGGAUGGAGAAGACGGAAGGACCUCGCCAGCCACUGUCCCGCUCUCUGCCUGGUGGGAAGAAUCCGGUGUCUGUCCUGAUGGAGUACAGCCAGCGCAGCGGGAACCCCAUCGAAUUCAUCAUCACUGGGCAGGCAGGACCGCCACAUGACCCUAGGUUCAUGUACAAGGUGAAGGUCGGAGACAACUUGUUUUCAGAGGCCUCAGCUCCAAGCAAGAAGGCAGCGCGCCAACUGGCAGCAGAGGAGGCUGUCAAAGAAUUAAUGGCUGAUGGGAGACUGCAGCUCAACAAGCCUCAGCUGCCCUUGGGCUCUUCCAGUGAUAGUGAUGGCAGUGGCUCUGGGACUACAUGUCCCUCUUUACCCCCUCUGACUGCAGAUGAGUUGCGAGCAGCACAUGAGGCAGGGGUUGGUGACCUCAUCAACCACCUGAACAACAAUGCUGUGUCGGGUCUUCUGGAGUACGCUAGAGCCCGGGGCUUUGCCGCUGAGAUUCGGCUGGUGGGCCAGUCUGGGCCAGCACAUGAGCCUAAGUUUACCUAUCAGGCCAAACUCGGUGGACGCUGGUUCCCUCCAGUGUGUGCGUCCAACAAAAAGCAGGGAAAACAGGAAGCAGCAGACGCUGCUCUACGGGUUCUGAUUGGAGAGGCUGAGAGGGCAGCCCGCACUGGGGAGCUUAUCCCAGCUGAGCUUCCAGUGAGUGGCAGCACUUUGCAUGACCAGAUAGCAAUGUUGAGUCACCAGCGUUUCAACGCCCUGACCACACGUAUCCAGCACAGCCUCCUGGGACGCAAGAUUCUGGCCACCAUCGUCAUGAGGAGGGGGGAGGGCCUGGGGACUGUUGUCAGCCUGGGAACUGGAAAUCGCUGCGUUAAAGGAGAGGAGCUGAGCCUUAAAGGGGACACCGUUAAUGAUUGCCACGCUGAAAUCAUCUCCAGAAGGGGUUUUGUUCGGUUUCUGUACAGUGAGCUGCUCAAGCACUAUGAAGACGCAAGUGACAGUAUAUUUGAGCCAGCGGAGAAGAACAAACUCCGAGUCAAAUCUGACAUCACCUUUCACCUCUACAUCAGCACGGCACCUUGUGGUGAUGGCGCUCUGUUUGACAAGUCAUGCAGUGAGUCAGGGGAUGAAGUCGAGGGCCAUCAGCCUCUGUUUGAGAACGCUAAGCAGGGCAAGCUCCGCACCAAAGUGGAGAAUGGCGAGGGCACCAUCCCAGUGGAGUCAAGUGCCAUUGUGCCCACCUGGGACGGCAUCCAGCACGGUGAGAGGCUGCGAACCAUGAGCUGCAGUGAUAAGAUCCUGCGCUGGAAUGUGUUGGGUCUGCAGGGGGCGCUGCUCACCCAUUUCCUGCAUCCCAUCUACCUGAAGUCCAUCACGCUUGGCUAUCUGUACAGCCAUGGGCACCUGACACGUGCUGUUUGCUGUCGGCUGGCCAGAGACGGUGAUGGGUUCACUCAAAAUCUCCCUCCUCCCUUCAUGCUGAACCACCCAGAGGUGGGCAGGGUGAGUGUAUACGACUCCACACGUCACACAGGCAAGACCAAGGAGUCCAGUGUGAACUGGAGCUUUCCAGACCAACACAGUGUGGAGGUGCUAGACGGGACCAAAGGCAAACUGGAUGGGAACAAACUAGGUGUCUCCAGAGUGUCCAAGUCCAACCUGUUCAGUCUGUUCCAUGCGUUGUGCCAGCGGUGCGGCCGCACUGAUCUCCUCUCCUUGCCCUCGUACUCCCAUGCCAAGAUGUCGGCAAUGUCCUUUCAGCUAGCCAAGCAGCAGUUCUUCCGAGCUCUCAGUGUUCACGGUUAUGGCGCCUGGAUCGGCAAGCCGCUUGAAGAGAAGAGCUUUGAGGCAGGAGAGGGAAACAGGACCAAUGAUACAAGUGUCCAUGUGGGAUACAGCAGCAGUAGGAACGGAGGAGCAAUGGAGUAUAAGCAAGAGGAGGCGUAGAACAGUGCAGGGUGCAAUAUUGUAAGUGGGUAAAACAUAAAUAUAUAUGUGGAGAGAGAAAAGCACAAAGCCAUGGCAGAUUCAAAGUGUGGAUGAGAACGAAAAAAGGACAAUCAAACAAUGCAAAGCCAGCACUGUAUCUUCUGAUGGAACAUGGUUAAAGGCUGCAGAGGAAGAGUGAUGGAAAAGGACAGUUUAAAUGAGAGAUUAUUGAGAUGAAAAGGGCACAGGCUAAAGGUUGAGAAGAGUCAGCAAGAGCUGUGGAGAGAUCCACGGGGUGGACAGAAUGAUGUAAACACUACAUGAAAAAGGAAUUAGUUUUGAAGUCAGUAAAUCACCAUGGUAAACACUGCUACAAAUCUGGCUUCUUUUAGUCUUUGUCAGCUUCCUUUAUACUGUUUGUAAUUGGGAGUUGGUUUCAAAUUGUUAUUUUAGGUUUUAUCUGGUCAUUGUAGUUUUUGGCAUAAGAUGCCAUUAUUUUUCCACUGUUCUACUUGAGAUGUGAACUAUUUCUUGCAGGUUCUUUGACCAUAUGACUCAGUUGAUUUGGCCUCUUUAGACCGCUGUUGUCUAAUUUUGCCACUAGAGCUUGAGUAACUGACAAGUGCUGCUAAUUGGCUUCAAGCCUAAUAUGACCUGCCAUCGUAGCAGUGUUUAUAAUUGUGAUUAAGUUAAUUUAGAGUGUAAGUCCUCUGUCAUGCAGUGCUUAUUAUUUCUGCUCCCUAUAUUGUACUGCAUGGAAUUAUAAGCAGCUGCUUUUAUGACAGUGAGCAGAAACAAUGGAUGCUCUCAGCAGGAAUCUUUAUUUUUGAAAAUUGCAGUCACCCUAGUUAGAUGUCAUGAGUAAAUUAGUACUUCCUCAGCACAGUCCCAGCUUACAUUGCACAAAAGAAGCUUUCACUGUACAAAAAAAGAGCAUCUAUGCCAACUUUUACUCUGAUCAGUGAUUUAACCAAACAGUUGAGGCUUCAGCUCCUGUACAUUCUCUGAAGCUUUCGAUCAGGCCUCUUUCUGAAUAAACUUUUAACAUACUGUACACCCCCCAGCUGUCCAUCUAUCCACAUGUUGUAGCUAUGGUUAACAUUAGCAUAGGUUCUUUCAUUAGCCCUACCAUUUCUCUGUGCUUUUAUAAAGAAUUUCUGAUGUCACAGCCUCCAAGAUGUACAAUAGUUCUGUUCUUAUGUUGUGUUCUUGUGUGUUUUUGAGUAUGUGCCCUUUUUUUAUUUUAUUAUUAUUUUUUUUUUUAUUCUCACUUCUGUCAGUAUGUUCAUCAGUAGCUGGCCAUGCUAACAAAUCCUGGAAAGUCUCUACUGUCCUGCCUGCAUAUUGUUUGUGACAACUCGAUACAAAAAGGCUUUUGGGUUCUCUUGUAUGGCCAGUUCUUGAGGACUGCUGAGUGAGGACAGUUUUUGUUGUCUAAGGAGAGUGUGUGGUUCUUCAUUUGGGUACAUGUAGAUGGAUGGUGCAAUAUAUACAUCAGGUAUAUACAGAUACAUGAACACACAGAUGUACAGUGGGGUCCAUAAGCCUGAGUUCAGUUCCAGAAACUCUUGUUUAUCGGAAACGAACACAAAUGUUAAGUUAAAUUAUUUACUUCUCAAUAUAUUGUAUAAUGUUUUUUUUUUUAUUAAUGCAGUAAAUUAAAGAAAAUUGAAGAAAUGAACAAAAAUUGUAUUACAGAAAUACAAAAGAGAUUUCUCAGUGUUUGCUGUGUUCCCUGUCAUGCGCUUGUAUUGGACAAUAUUGUGCAGAAAGGCAGCACAGGUUUUUUUUGUAGAACCACAAUAUCUGAGUGCUCUCUAAGAGCAUGUCGGAGGUGUACGAUCACAUUGGCAGUUUGGAUUUUCACAGAUAUGUACUGUGUUUAAGGUCUGGUAACUACAGAGGAAAAACCAUAAAAGUCCGCUUUCCAUGAUAAUUUAAUUGAUACGGAUUUUGUUUAGCUUUAAUGCACUUACAGAGCCAUUGUUUGUUCAAAAGGCCUGCUUUAAGCUAUGAGUGAUUAUAUGCAUGCGUAUAACUGAGUGUCAACUGCGUCUGGUCUAUGUGUAAGUAGCUCACUUACUGCAGCCCUGAAGUUCAGGUUUUAAGUACGGAUUUCAUAUUGUCUGCAGCAGUGACGUAUACUAUUGUUUGACCCUUAAUAAAGACUUAAAACUUGAAAACUAGUGGAAAGUAUUUUCUCAUCAGACAUCCUCUACAACACUAGCUGCAAAAGGAAUUACACGUAAUGUAAGAUGUAAUAAUAGCAACAGAACAAACUGUUUCUUGCAUUUUUUAAAAAGAUUACGUUAUUUGAAUUUAUGCCAGCUCAUUUGAAUAAGGCGCUUUUAAAAGAGGAACAUUUUUAUUAGUUGCGUACUUUUUAACAUUGAAAUGUUCAGUUCUCGGUAGUGGACUCAGACUUUUGGACCCCACUGUAUGCAAAAAUGGAUGUUUGAGUAUAAUGUGUACAUACAGUGUCUGUGUGUGUGUGUAUGUAUAUGUAUAGGUUUAAUGUAUAUAUUUUGUAAAUCAUCUACAAUUGCUUUUCUAUACAUUUAUUUUCCUGAUGUUUUAAUGGAACUGCAAUGGAAUAUGCUGUUUUUUUUACCAAUGAAAUUUGGAAAGUAAAAGAAAUAAAAUAAGUAGCAGUGUUUCAAUGGA